AUUCUGAAUGAUUUAUUGUCUGGUUUUGUUGUGGAGGAUGUUGCUUUCUCGCCUUUGUCCUCUUUUCUUUCAUUUGUAGCUUGACCUGAAGCAGCGGGUUAAAUCGCCACUUAGAAUUGGAAAUAUUUAGUUAACGUCCUAUUCAGUGUUAACAGGGCAUUAAGAUUCUGAACUCGUGGGAAAAAAAAGUGAUCUUUAAACUCCUAUUAGUGUCAGAGGUGAAGGGAAAGGCCAUCCUUCAUCUCACCAGUGAGAGAUGGGGGAACUUGUCUGGGAUACGGUGCAAGCCACCUUCUUGUUUAAAGGGAACUUUGCUCCCUUUAUAGGAAGGGGAUUUUAUAAAUAUAUACAAUAAGAACACAUCUUAUAAGAAGGCAUCUUGUUAGAGACCAUUCUCUGAUUAGAUCCCUUCAUGUUUCUCCAAUUGAUUCUGUUCUGCGUUUAUUACAUUGUCAACCAUAUUCUUCAUGUCUCAGCUCCCUAAGGUAAAUCCGAACAUCAGUUUUGUUUGAUUCAGUAACUGCGUGAAUGUUUUAUAUAAAAUAGAACUGAUCCGGCAGCUGAGCCAUGGAAGUAAGUACUGUGAUCAGAAAAUCUUCUCCCCAGGAAUCUGGCAGGUUGAGAAUCUCUGGUUGGAUAUUAGGAACAAUUUCUUCUCAGAAGGAGCGGUGCUGCACUGGCACAAGCUGCCCAGGGAGAUGGUGAGGUCACCGUCCCUGGAGGUGUUCCAGAACCGUGUGGAUGUGGCACUGAGGAUAUGGUCAGUGGGCACGGUGGGGAUGGGCUGACAGUUGGACUAGAUGGUCUUAGAGGUCUUUUCUGGUCUUUUUGAUUCUAUGAUUUGAGUGCAAUUUAUUCUUCUUGAUUCAGGAUAGGUAUUCGCUUCAAAGUUAGCGUCCUGAUUCCAUGGCUCUGGGCUCUUCUGGCAUAAACCUCAUUGACAGAGUGGUUCUUAAAAAUUCCUUGCUUGAUAAAGAAUGAUUCCUUCAUAUCUCAAGGAUGGCCUUAUUUCUAUAUACCUAAAAACGGAUAAAUUUAUGGAGAGUUGUGAUAAAAAUAUUUAUUGAAAAUUUACUUUUUGUGAAAUCUUUUCAAUCAUGGUCUUUGCAUUGCAGUAGGAUCUAUGGACAAAGUGCCUACAUAGGUACAGAGGACUGACAGUAUGAAGCAGCUUAUUUGGGGCUGUGAGGGCUAUAUGCAUCUAAUCAACAUGUGGUGCAGAAAAGCUGUUUGUAGCAACACGUGCAUGGAUGGAGAUUUAGUCUCUGUAUGUGGACACUUCCACAUAGAAUAAGUGCGGUAUUUGUGUAGGUGUCCAUUAGGGGAUAAUUGGAUGGCAUCUGGCACUCUUAAAGCUGUUUGAAAAUCUGCAUAAUAACUAAGGAUUUGUCAGCUUGUCAUGUUUCGUAGCCCAGAAUGAUUCACCUGUUCAGUGUCCCAUCAGAUAAUGUAGCUGCUGUAGCAUUAAAAAAAUGUCAAAGUUGGGCAGCUUAAAGUCCCAAGAGUUUUAACUCAGUUGUGUUGUGAGUUGUCAGUAUGUUUGAUAGACAGCUGACCUGGCUAAUGUGGGCUGCAGGCAGUUUUCCCCAGUGUUAGAGGAAAGCUCUGUGCUGUCCUUAAAAUUGUUGUGGUUUUUCUAGUCGUGGGAGAACUGGGCUGUUGGUGCUGGAUGUAGCAGCACCUCCUGGCUGCUAAGCAGUUGGGCUUCUUAAUGGACUUAGAGUAAUUUACUGCCUGGUUAAUAGAGUAGUUGGAGAAUGUGAGCGGGUGCUUGACAGUCCUGAUAAAGGUACAUGUUUACCGCCUCUUUGGUACAUUGCUAAGUUCCUAAAUAGUUGAUGAAUCACGCCUCUUUUCUCUUUUUAAGAUAUUACGCUUAUCUCCAGCAAGCUCAGGCUUUUUACACGUUUCCGUUCCAUCAGAUGAUGACUGCACCUCCUACCAUGGAAGCCAUGACUGAGCAGCCGACUCUAGAGGGCAUUCCAGAGCCAAACGUUGCUCAGGAACCUCCUAAAGAAGUUAAAAAAGGUGGAAGAAAGAGAAAAGCCAAAGCAACUGAGCCAAAGCAACCGAAAAAGCCUGCUGCGAAGAAAGAAAAACCGACCAAGUCAAAAGGGAAACAAGAAAAGAUCACAGAUACUUUUAAAGUGAAAAGAAAAGUGGACCGUUUUAAUGGUGUGUCUGAAGCUGAGCUUCUGACAAAGACUUUACCCGAUAUUUUGACCUUCGACCUGGACAUCGUAAUAAUUGGCAUAAACCCCGGCUUGAUGGCAGCUUACAAAGGGCAUCAUUACCCUGGACCUGGAAACCAUUUUUGGAAGUGUCUCUUCAUGUCUGGUCUAAGUAAUGAACAGCUGAACCACAUGGAUGACCACACCUUACCACAUAAAUAUGGAAUUGGAUUUACAAAUAUGGUGGAAAGGACAACACCUGGAAGCAAAGACCUCUCCAGUAAAGAGUUUCGGGAAGGAGGGCGAAUUCUGAUGCAGAAAUUACAAAAGUAUAAACCUCGUAUAGCAGCUUUCAAUGGAAAAUGUAUCUAUGAAAUUUUUAGUAGGGAAGUUUUUGGAAUAAGAGUUAAGAACUUGGAAUUUGGAUUGCAGCCACACAAGGUACCAGAGACAGAAACUCUCUGCUACGUUAUGCCAUCAUCCAGUGCGAGAUGUGCUCAGUUUCCUCGUGCGCAAGAUAAAGUUCAUUAUUACAUAAAGUUAAAAGACUUAAGGGAUCAGCUGAAAGGCAUUGCACCAAACACAGAGGUGCAGGAAGUGCAGUACACCUUUGACUUACAACUUGCACAAGAGGAUGCUAAAAAGAUGGCUGUCAAAGAAGAAAAAUACGAUCCAGGUUAUGAAGCAGCAUAUGGAGGAGCUUACUGUGAUCGUGCACCGUAUGAAAGCGAACAGUGCGAUUUCUCUUCAAAUGGAACCGCAGCGAGCAAUCCGCAGUACUGCGAGGGGUCAUCUUUUGGUGAAGUUCCCAAUGGACAAUGGAUGACGCAGUCCUUUGCAGACCAGAUUCCAGAAUUCGGUGCUGCUAUGGCACAAGAACGAGAGGGAAGCAGUGCGUAAGAGCUCUUUCUUCUCAGCUAUGCAUACAUGCUGCAGUUUUAAUGCAGUGAUCAAGAUUGGUACCUCGGUUCUCCAACUGAAGCAUUUUAAUAGUAUUUUAUCUCCCUUAGUUAUUUUAUUAUAGUCCUAAGUAGGUGUGUAGUAGGCUCAAAUCAAUGAACUAGGUAAUUUUAAGGAACUGUCCAAACUUUUUAAAAAAAAAAAAAAAAAGUUAGUCCUUUUUUGUAUAUGAGUUUUAUAUUUAAUGUAUACCAUUUCUUGCAGUUUUUGACAAACUGCUUUCUCAUUUGUGAAGGUUUCUUUAGGGCGUUAAUUUUAUUCCAUUAAUUGUAAAGUAGGAAUAAGAGCAGCAGUGUGCUUUUUAUUGACGCAUCGAUAUUUGGAUAUCUCAUAGUCCUUUUAUAUUUAGAGGGGAAAACAGAAAAUGUGCCCUUAUCUUACACGAAGUGGUGUUUUUAAUCAUGCACAGUUGAACAAAUGGUGCUUUUAAAGACUCCCUUUGCACUUCAGGGCAGGAGUAGAGAGCUCUGUCUACUCAGUGACUGGACCUUAGUCAGGUUUAAGGGAGCAGAGACAACUCAACACUGGUUAGGAAAAUUCAUGUCACGCAGGACAGGGCCUAAAAUAUUCUAGUCUUAGAGUAAGGUGUUCCUAUCAUUCCGUCUCUUUCUCCCUUAAAUUCGAGUGUAAGGAACUGGAAUUCCUUGCCAAAAAAAAAAAAGUGGUUCUCAAAUCUGUGGCAUUUUUCAGUCACUUCUUUGUGAUUAGUCUCUUCUCCUGAACUUUAGCAAGUGAACAGAUUAUAUGGCAGGGAACUGAUAAACCGUAUUCCCUGUGAAAACCCAUCUGCAGUUAGGUUAUUUGUGUCAGGUACAGUUAGCACAGGGUGAAAGAAGAUUGUGAUUUAGCAGUUUUUUACGUUAAUUUCUCUUCAAGACUUUAGAGGGUGUUUUUCUUACGCAUCUUCUGCGUAAAAAUAAUUACUAAGUUGAAGACGAGGGCAGCUGUUCCACGAAUUAAAUUGACAGCUGUUGGAACUUCAGCUUUCUUUGAGGAACUUGCUCAAACAAUACACACUUCUGGCCAAUAUUGGCGACUGAGAAAGAAAGGAUAUUCUGUGCCUGUGCCUAACCAUCAUCUACUUUCCCUCUUCUAUCACGCGAGGAAGAGAGGAAGUCAAAGCAAUAAGCUGAUCAAAACAUUGGCGUUUUGGUGAUCUUAUGAGAGAAGGUGCUUCACAUACUUGAAAAAUAAAUACAAACAGCAUCCCUGCACUCCGUGCUGGUCAGAGGUUCCUGUACUGGUGCUUUAUCCUUUCCUCACGGCCGCUGACAGUUGUCACGCACUGAGUGCAAUUGGUUGGCGUCGCUACUAAUCCUGCUGUAACAGCUCGCGCUGAGCUCACACGCUGCCAUCCUGUUGUGAGGCAGGCAUGAUGUUUACAGUUCUCUUCCCAAAUGAGGUGGCUUAACUCUGAGUGUCUGAAAUCCAGAAAGUGUGCGUUAUGAUUAUGUGUUUAUUAGCUUCAGCAUAAAGCUGCUCCGUGUAUUGUCAGAACGGCAUAGGAUUUGUCUCGUCUGUUAUUUAAAGUGUACUGUAUCAUGUAUUGCUGUUUACAUGGACGUUUUUCCCGCAGGUGCUCAAAGUGCCUCGCGUCAGGGAUUUGUUACAGUUCAGUUUUAUUUUUCAGCAAGAUUAGAAGCAUGUAACUAGCACUGCUGAUGAGGUAGCACAGUAGCACAGAACUACUGUGCUGCUCUCCUGUUUGAGUUGAAGGGAAAGGUCUCUUCGGGAACAGAGACACCUAGUAGGUGUAAAAUACAGUGAAGUGUAUAAUGAGCGUUUCACUCAACACUGCAAUUUGUGUACUCCCUCGGGACCGGUGCUCUUUUCAUUACAGUAAUCCAGAGGUUCUUAAUCUGUCUUAAAUCUCUCUCUGUUUCACAAUAAAAUCAGGAAUUGUA